CCAGAAGGCGCCGCCGUCUGGCUUACGCGCAAUUCUCACGUCGACGCGAUUUUUGCGAUAUAGAUGUUCUCCCGUCAAUGCUACUGUAUUCGUAUCUACUGUAUCAACGUUCGCACAUCGUAAACAUUGGUAAAGAUUAAGGAUAUCAACACUCACGAUGUACAUUACAUUGUAUACUUUACCGGUGGAGCAUUAUCAGAAAUUGUAAUGUGUGUCGUAGCGAUAGCUUUGUUUAAUUGGUGAUAACUCAGUCAGUUUUGUGUUGCACAGUUGCACUAUCACAGAUCAGAGAAUGCAAGAAGAAUAUAGGAAGAAAGUGGCACUCUGAGUAUCUUAUGAAGCAUUUGCGAUUUUACAAAAUAAAAUUUAGUUCCUGUCUUCAGUUUGAUCACUAUCCCGAGAAAUGGGUGCUAAUGCUUCCAACACGGCCGAUAAGGCCCAAUAUAUGGGUAGUACUAUGCAAUAUUACUAUUCUCACGCAGAUUUAAUUGGAAGAGGGAUGUUCGGUGCAGUUUACAAGGCCAAAGUAACAAAGCGUGGCGAUUACGAAGGGAGGGAUGUUGUUGCUGUCAAGGUAAUGCAAAUUUUUGCUGCUUACAAAACCGUUCCUGGCCAGGGCGGAUUUAUGGAAGCCGAGGAAAAACUGAAAAAACUGCUUAAGCUUUCUCACGAAAAUCUCGUAACUUAUCAUAAAGUUUCGAUCAUCAAAGCCACAGGCGGAGCCACCGUAGAAUUAGCGAUGGACUACCACGAAGGAGAUCUGGCUUCUUUCUUGAUGGAAGCCAAACAAAACCAAAACCUCCUGAACAGUUAUAACAAAGUCGCCCAGCUCGUGGCAUGCAUUGCAAGAGGUCUUGAGUUCCUCCAUGAGAACAACAUUAUACACGGAGACCUGAAGCCGGGAAACAUUCUUGUAGCGGUCGCGGAAGGUGGUCGCAGGAAACUGCUGAUUAGUGACCUCGAUGAUUUCGUUCAAAUGCAGGGAAACGUAACAUGCUCUGCAGACAUUUCGCAGAUGCGGGGCACAAAACGCUACAUGUCACCAGAAAUGCUGAAGAAAUUUUCUCAAGCAGAAACAGAUUCGCCCGGGAGAAAAACGGAUAUCUGGAGUCUGGGUUGCAUUAUCUUGGAGAUGGAUCAAAUAUCCAGUGGUGUAUUGGAAAUACAACUCGUGAAAGACGGUAACGUUGUAAAUGCCGGGGAUAAUCUUUCGAAUGACCAGUAUGCCAUCAAGAUCAUGGACGGUUACAUGCCAGUUGUGGGCGGAGGCAAUGCGCCAAAUUCGGCUGAUCUUAUUCGAAAAUGUUUGGAUCCAGUGGCGGCGAAUAGAAUAUCAUCAAAAGAGCUGCUGCACGAGCUCCGAAACAAGCAAGUUAUAGUGCUUUUCCCAUGCGACUGUGAAAUUGACUACGCGUUUUUUAUAAUACUAUUUGACCCGGCAACUGGCUCUUUAAACCCCAAAAAAAGUAGUCAGAAAACCAACCACCUUUGGCCAACUGAGGGCUCCCAGCCGGCAGUUAACGGAAACAGAUAUCUUAUUCGCGGAUGCAGUAUUUGAUCCUACAGACAAUUUUUUACGAUUGCAUUUAUGGAAUGUCGGCGAAGAAACCUGGCGUGAACAAAAGUGUAUUUUGCCACUGCUUCUUCAUUUGCCCUUAGGGCUGGUGGUUCUCGGUCGCAUAUGUUAUUUCUGGGAUAAUUACAGUAAACAGUUC